AAGGUUACCCCAUUCCCUAUUUAUGGAAAAGGAAAAAAAUUGAAGAAUGGAAAAGGAAAACAGAGAAGUUCAGCUAUGGCGUGGAGGGGACAACUUUAUCGAAAUUUGAAGGAACUUCGCAUCCUAUUUUCUCCUAAUUCACCAUCCAGUUCCUCGACUAGAGCUUUCAUCGAGAAUAACUAUAAGGAUCUGAAGACCAAAAACCCUAGGCUCCCGAUUUUGAUCCGUGAGGCCAAUGGCAUUGAGCCUCAGCUUUGGGCUAGAUAUGACAUGGGUGUCGAGAGGGGAAUACGCCUGGAAGGCUUAAAUGAAGAUCAGAUAUCUAAGGCACUUGAGGACCUUGCUAAAGGAGGGGCAUCCAUUAAAUGUUGAGGCUUCCAUCAGAUUUUCCCUGACACAAUAAAUGUGUGCAGAAAUUUUGGAUCAAUUUUUGUUAUGAUUCCAUGACCAAUAUGCCGGAGUUGGUAUGAUAAACUGCUUCGUGUAACAAUGGUUGCCUGUUAACUGUAACAAUCCAUAAAAUAUGAUCAUGCAUAUUUACCAGUGGAUACCAUUGUGGGA